AUGAAGCGCUUGGUAGCUGCCUGGCUUUUGGUUGGACUCAGCCUCGGUGUGCCCCAGUUCGGCAAAGGUGACAUUUGCAACCCCAAUCCAUGUGAAAAUGGUGGCAUCUGUCUGUCUGGAUUGGCUGAUGAUUCCUUUUCCUGUGAGUGUCCAGAUGGCUUCACAGAUCCCAACUGUACGAGUGUUGUGGAGGUUGCAUCAGAUGAAGAAGAGCCUACUUCAGCAGGUCCCUGCAUCCCCAACCCAUGCCAUAACGGAGGAACCUGUGAGAUAAGUGAAGCUUAUCGAGGAGACACAUUCAUAGGCUAUGUUUGUAAAUGUCCUCGGGGCUUUAAUGGGAUUCACUGUCAGCACAAUAUAAAUGAAUGUGAAGCUGAACCUUGCAGAAAUGGUGGAAUAUGUACUGACCUCGUUGCUAACUAUUCCUGUGAAUGCCCUGGGGAAUAUAUGGGAAGAAACUGUCAACAUAAAUGCUCUGGGCCAUUGGGAAUUGAAGGCGGAAUCAUAUCGAAUCAGCAGAUCACAGCUUCAUCUACCCACCGAGCUCUUUUUGGGCUCCAGAAGUGGUAUCCCUACUAUGCUCGACUUAAUAAGAAGGGACUUAUAAAUGCCUGGACAGCUGCUGAAAAUGAUAGAUGGCCAUGGAUUCAGAUAAAUUUGCAAAGAAAAAUGAGAGUUACUGGUGUUAUUACCCAAGGAGCAAAAAGGAUUGGAAGCCCAGAAUACAUAAAAUCCUACAAAAUUGCCUAUAGUAACGAUGGGAAGACCUGGACAAUGUACAAAGUGAAAGGCACCAAUGAAGAAAUGGUGUUCCGUGGAAAUGUUGAUAACAACACACCCUAUGCUAACUCUUUCACGCCCCCUAUAAAAGCUCAAUAUGUCAGGCUGUAUCCCCAAAUUUGUCGAAGGCACUGUACUUUAAGGAUGGAGCUCCUUGGCUGUGAGCUUUCAGGUUGUUCAGAACCUUUGGGGAUGAAAUCAGGGCAUAUACAAGACUACCAGAUCACUGCCUCCAGCGUCUUCAGAACACUCAACAUGGACAUGUUCACAUGGGAACCAAGGAAAGCCCGGCUGGACAAGCAAGGCAAAGUAAAUGCCUGGACCUCCGGCCACAAUGACCAGUCACAGUGGUUGCAGGUUGAUCUCCUUGUCCCUACCAAAGUGACAGGCAUCAUCACACAAGGGGCUAAGGAUUUUGGUCACGUGCAAUUUGUUGGUUCAUACAAGCUAGCCUACAGCAAUGAUGGGGAACACUGGACUGUGUACCAGGAUGAAAAACAGAGAAAAGAUAAGGUUUUUCAAGGCAAUUUUGACAAUGACACUCACAGGAAGAAUGUCAUCGACCCUCCCAUUUAUGCACGACACAUAAGAAUCCUUCCUUGGUCCUGGUAUGGAAGGAUCACUCUGCGAUCAGAGCUGCUGGGCUGCACAGAGGAAGAAUGA